UUCAGAGCAAUUAGUACUGAACUCCGGACAGAUAAGAGAAUCUUGUUUUAAUGUGCGAUACUUAUGGUGCCACGAAUUCACGUGGGAUUACGAGAACUUGUCGUAACAUUCAUUUUUCUGAAGCUUAAAUAGCACGAGUAUCACAUUCUGAUCUGUUUGCUUUGGUGUGAUGUCGUUGGUGGAAACUGGUUGGCGACAAUUUACCUUUUUUGAGAAGCACACUGUCUAUGAUCCGAAUAAUCCUGAAUGCAAGUUUAACGGGUUAAAGAAUCUCAAAGCAUUUCGUUCUGUAUCUGGUAUUGGAUUUACAAUAUUCGGAGAAGCGUGUGGUGCAAUAUUCAAAUUGUCGAGUAAUUUGGAGGAAUACUGUUGGAUUGCCCAUAAACGCUCACUGGCUGAUAUAGCUCUUGCUGGUCUUAUUCUUGCGACAGUCGGAGAAGAUGAAGAAGGGAUUAACUCGUUAGUUAAAUUAUGGCAAUUAGAUCGAAUUGAGAAAGAUGCACCGUUUUGCAUACGCGUGAUACGUGUAUGUCCUCUGUUAGGUGUUGGACGUAGUACGCGAGCAUGUGCCAUUGCGUUACACUCAUCUUUACAACAUAUCGCUGUUGGUUUCGUUGAUUCUUCGGUUAUUUAUUCCACAAGUAAUAUUAAAGAAAAAUCUGGCAAAUGGCUUAUUGUGGUCAAUGGUUCAAGUUCAGGACCAGGUGACGAAAUAACAGGUGUUUUUCUUACGUGGAUUGCCACUCAGGAUCUCUGCAUCCUAUAUUGUUUAACGUCUACAUCCGUAUUAUCUUUUUCAAUUACCAACAAAACCGUCACAAAUAAGGUCGUACACGAUGCGAAAGGCUGUCUUCGUGACUGCUGGAGUUUUAAUGAAGCGCGCAAUCAACUUAUUGUGGGUAGUACGGAGAUGGUACACUUCUAUGAAGCAGAACGGAGUUUGACCGCUGAUCCCGACAGCGGUAAGGGUCGUUGCCAUGCUCUUGGUAGAAGCAAUGAAAAGAUCCAAUUAAUUGCAUUUGAUCAUCACGUUGCAUUACUUACAAGGCAGCCUACUGCUGUACCGUCGUCAAAUGAAAUGUGGACAUAUGUUGUCUCAGUAUAUGAUACCGAAGGGCAAAGUGUUGCGUUUUCAUGUGCUCUUCCAGCUGUUGCAAGGAUGUUUUUAUUGGAUAAUGUAUUAAUGGUUCUUAGUCAAGACGGAACGCUUUCAGCCCUUACAGAAAAAAGCAUCAGCUCGAAAUUGGAUAUUUUAUUUAAGAAAAAUUUGUAUGAUCUUGCUGUUGGAGUUGCUAAGAGAAGUUCAGUUGCUUCGGAAUAUCUUCCUGAAAUUUAUAAGAAGUACGGUGAUUAUUUGUACAGAAGUGGGGAUUUUGAAAAUGCAGUACAACAGUACACGGAAACUGUCGAAUAUCUAGAGCCAUCAUAUGUUAUUAAAAAGUUUCUGGAUGGUUCUCAUAUAAAAGAAUUGUGCAUGUAUUUAGAAGUACUUCACGCUAAAGGUAAGGCGAACAGUCAUCAUGCGACCAUAUUAUUGAACUGCUACAUCCGUUUGGCAGCACGUGAUAAAAUUCGUGAUUUUAUUGACCGUAAUUUUGAAUGCAAUAUUGAAACAGCUGUUCAGAUACUUCGUGCAGCAAAUUUUACAACGGAAGCGUGUCAUCUUUGCGCGAAGCAUAAGCAGCAUGAUGCAUUGUUAAGCAUCUUAAUCGAAGAUCGAGCUGAUUAUAAAUCCGCGCUUAAAUAUAUUGCCAAACUGGAAAUUCGCCAGGUUGAAGCAUGCUUGGAAAAGUUCGGAAAAUGCUUAUUGAUAAACAACCCUGAAGAAACGAUGAAGCUGUUAUCGGAUAGAGCGUGUUUCAGCCAAAUCAAUGGUCUUGCCUUGAUGAAAGUAUUCAUUGGACUACCUUCGCAAUGUACCAGAUUUAUAGAAACAGCACUGAAGAUGGACAAGAAAAAUAAUGAGAAGUUGCAUAAUUUAUUGUUAGAACUUCGACUUCGUCAGUGGGCACUACGCAACUUUGUUGAUGUUCUUUACAAAUAUUUUUGUUAUUCAACAUCAUUGUUUUCAUUUACUUUAUUCUGUUCACUUCAUGAUCGAAAAAUUCUAAUUCUUGUGCUUCAUGAUACGCCUAAUUAUGAUGAAGACAUUGUGGAAUUAAUCGGAGACGAAAAUUUGGAGGAAUCCUUGAAAUUGUGUCAGCUAUUCAAUUAUGUCCCAGGAAUCAUUGACAUAUAUAAAAAGAUGAAAAGAUACGAUAAACUUAUCGAAUACUACAUGCGACAAAACAAACUCAGAGAAAUCGUUGAAUUUUGCGAACAGGAAAACAGUCGUAACCUGUGGAUCGAUGCGGUAGUAUUUGCUUCGCGCGGAAAAGAUAUAGAUCCCGACGCAAUGAAACUUUUACUUGAGCGGAUCGAAGCAACGAAUAGCAUCCACCCACUUGUUGUUCUCGAAAUCCUUUCCAAAAGUGACAAGAUUUGUGUUGGUCAUGUGAGGGAUUAUAUUAUCAAUUGGAUGGAGCGACAAAAUGCUCAGAUCGAGAAAGAUGAAGAAGCAAUUGCCGAAAAUGAGGCGAAAAUGGCCGAAAUCGAGGAGCAAAUUGAUAGCGUUACUUACAAGGUGCAAAUUUUUCAAAUGAACAAGUGCUCUGCAUGUGACACCUCUCUUCAACUACCUGCUGUACAUUUCCUAUGCAAACAUUCCUAUCAUGCUCACUGUCUCGAAUCGUAUAGUGAAAAGGCUGACUACUGUCCAGCUUGUAUACGAGACAGCUGUAAUGAAAGGAUACGAGAUGAUAAGAGGCGAGAUUUCUCCACGCGUAGUGCUUAUAUUAAAUUUCAAAAUGAGAUAAACGAAUCAGUCGAUUGUAUGAGCCUUAUUUCUUCAUACAUUGGCAACGGACUUUUUGACUCGUGGUCGAAGAAAAGAGGAUCUAACAAUGAAAAUGAAUGGGCUAGUCCUCAGUCGGAUACUAGUGCGACGAAUAAAUUAAAUUUAAAUGAAUUCGAGGAUCGAACAUCCACAGAGACAAGUUCAAUGAGUACAGCAGCUCCUAAUCCUUUCCUUACUCCAAAAACGAUGAAUUCGCGUACGGCAAAAUCUGUAGAAUCGACUAAUCCCUUUGAUGUUGAUGAAAAUUCAAAAAAUCCCUUCGAAGAAGACUUAUGA